AUGGACGGUUUCCUCGAGAUCAUUGACGAGUUUCAUCAGCAGCAGCUUGCUCUUGCAGAAGAGCAACAUGCGGCACUGCGGCAAGCGGUCCUGAGUCACCUUGAAGGGGAGUCAUUGGACGCGAAACCUGUGGCAUCUCCGGUUCAUGACCCUGCCCGGCUACAGCUGAGUGCAACACAGCUCACCUCACAACCAGCCCUGCAGAUCGAUGACCCGGACCCGUGCCCUUGCAGCCCUGUAGCCAGCCGCGGAGUGCACCAUGGGUGUGUCCGAUCUCGAGCUUCGAUUCUCCGUGGAUGGCUUUCCUUGUCUUCGAAGGCGGAAUCGGAGAAGAUGCUGCCCCAGGUCGCGCCCAGCGGUAAAAGUUUGGAUCCCAUGGCCCGGAGGCUUCGAUGCUUGGAUAGAGCCGCCGCGAUUCUUCUGUUCCUCAAUGGCGUUUGCAUGAUGGUGGAGCUGGAGCUGGAAGGGCGGGCAGCAGCUGAAACCUUGUCGAACAGCGACACGAGCCAUUGCGUCUUCCUUGCCUGCCCUGGAGAACUGCACUCGCUUGGGCGACUCAUCGCUGGAAUGUUCGAUCUUCUGUUUUUCCUGGAGCUGCUGGCCCGUCUGGCAUUGGAGAAGGGGAAGGUUUACAUGGUGCCCGCGAUUUGGUUUGAUGCAAUCCUCGCAAUUGCUGGCAUGGUACACUUGGUCUUCCUCGUUGUCAUUGAGUUUGGCGAGGUCACUGCAGGUGCACCCAUUAUGUACACCGUUGUGGUUGUCCGAGCAUUGCGUGCCAUACGUCUUCUGCGGGUUCUUCGCUUCUGCCGUGGUCUCCGCAUGUUCCUGUCGGCGUGCAGCUUGACUGUCCUUGGUAUGUCUUUGUCUUAG